CGAAGUAUUGCUAAAUCAUACUUUAGAAGAGCAGAUGGUGUCUUACUGUUGUAUGAUGUAACAUGUGAAAAAAGUUUUCUUAAUGUACGAGAAUGGGUGGAUAUGAUUGAGGAUGCAACUCAUGACAAUAUUCCAAUUAUGAUGGUGGGAAACAAAGCAGAUCUCCGCCAAACAGUUACAGAACAAGGACAAAAAUGUGUGCCUAUAAGCUAUGGAGAAAAGCUGGCCAUGACUUACAAUGCGCUAUUCUGUGAAACAAGCGCUAAAGAUGGAUCUAAUAUUGUAGAAGCAGUUCUUCAUCUUGCUCGUGAAGUGAGAAAACGAAGUGAUAAUGAAGAUGAUACAAGGUCAGUAACCAGCCUGGCUGGGACACCUGUCAAAAAAUCAGCACUCACGAAGAACUGUUGCAAUGUUUGAAUGACGGAUUCAUUUUCUGACCUAAAUAAUUUACUUGUAUAUUUUUUACUGUUUUUAAAAAAAGGAUAAAUGAAGGAUUUCAAUAAUGUAUUCUUUUUACUAUGGACUUAAACAUUUGUGGAUUUAGAAGCUGCACACCAUGGAAAAAAUCUAGCUUCUGCUCUCUGCUCAUUCAUAUUUACGCACUUGCUUUGUCCUUUAGGUCCUGGUACCACCUUUCUGAAGUAGUGUAAGUCAAUGAAGUGAGCUCAGAAUCAGUGCUACAAUAGUCAGUACAUACAAUAUUGUAAUAUGUUGUACGUCCUUUUCCUGCUUGUUUCUUCAUGGCAUCAACAUCUCUUGCAUACAGAAUAUGCUAUGAUAACGUCACAUCACUCAUAGGCAAAGAAAAAAUAACAGCCUCAGUUAAUUUAAUGUCUCUUUGUUCUUAUCUGCUUAUCUAGUUUUUUGAAAGCUGUGACUUACUCCUUGAUGAAACAUUUCUCAGCAAAACUCCAAAUUAUUAAAAGGUUUCCUAUUUUCAAGUAAACCCUAAAUUUGGGGCCCUAAGUGGAAUGGGGAUCCUUUGGGGACUACACAGUGGCAAAUGUAUGGGGUUCUGUCAUAAUUGCACAAAAGUUAAUGAAUUAGAAUUUUACUUAAUUUGAGGGCCUGAGGUUUUAUUCGGACCUGAGAAGUAGACUUUCAAUGUGAUCCUACACAGAUGGAAAGUAAAAGGAAUAUUUGCACAGACCAUUACAGUUCCAAAUUCCAGAGAGACUACAGUGUCUGCGGUAUGUAGGAUUACUGAGAUGAAAUAAUGACCCAAUACCUUAACUUGGUUAUUGCUAGUAUUAUAGAGAGAUACAGAUUGUCCUUUCUCCCUGUUUUUCAAAUGUUUUCCGUUCAGACACUAACUGAGAGGUUCCGCAUAGUACUGAGGAGUGUGUUUUAACUGAUAUUCUUUAUGCCUCUUUCUGAAGUUUUGUACAUGCAGGGAGAAGAACUGCUGCACAUGCGCAAGCAUCUGUAUCAGCUGUUCAUUAAAAGAAUUCCCUAGAAUGAACAAGAACCACUUACCUUAAUGAGGACGAUGUAGGCUGAUUUUGAGAAAACGCUGAGAAACUCAUUAGUGGGUGGUAGGUCUAACUGCCAGCAUCCCUAAAAUCUAAGUUGUUAUUGCUUAGAGAAGUUUGAGCACUCCUGUAUUUUAGUACAAUUUGUACAUAUUUCUACAAUCAGCAAACAUGGUCCAAUUCUUCUCAGUUUUAACUAAUUUUAAUCAGAAUGAGAAAGGAGCCCUUCCAGACCCAGCUAUUUCCGUCUGUUCUGUACAUGUUGAGAAAACAUCUCCUAGCUGAAACAUAUUUCAUUGAAUCAGCCCUGGAUAAAGUUUUAUGGACCAAUAAGAAACUCAUACAACUAGCAGCUGUUACUAUGUUUUAUCAGCACUAUGGUUGAACGCUGUAUAGCUUGUGCUUUGUUAACAUUUUUAUAAAAUGCGGAGUUCUCAGAAAUAGGAUGGUUCAUCACAUUUAAAAAAAUGCUAUCUUUCAGCAGAGCAGUGUUUUAGGCAUCCUUUCAGACCUCUUGUUCAGAGCAGCUAAUCUUUAAGUAACUAAUGGAAGGAUAUAGAAGACAGACAAGACAGGCAGUGCUAGAUGAAAUAAGGCACUUUACUUCACUAUUUCUUCCAGUCCUAUAAGAGAAAAUAUAUCCUUUCUGAAGCAUUGAGUCAAUCUUCACAUGCAGACCUACCGUGUUCCACAUGGAUGAUUUCAGUUGUAGCAUUCUGCAGCCUUAGCGGAGCGUGUUGAGGACCUCCUCUGUGUUUUUCUGUGUUUACUAAAAAAAAAAAAAAAAAAA